UUCACUCGACUAGUGGAUGACCUUGAUCAGCGACAGACUUUCCGUUCUUCCCUAGUGCACUACCUUCCACAACCGAGUCGAAAGCAACUCCCCUUUUCAGCCGACCCAAGUCGAUCCAUCCAAACAACAUCAACAUCAACAUGGACUUCCUUCAACAACGUCCCCGCACCGGCUCCUCCGCCCAGUCCCAGCCCGUCCACCGUCGCCCUUCUUGGGCACAGUCGCCGAAAUCAUACGAGAUCUACAUGCGCAAAAACCUUGCUGCCGACCGUGUUUCGCAGGCAGACGAUGGCGCCGAGAAUUAUAGCUACGACGACACCCAUUUGGCUGAGUGGGCAGUUCCGAAUGAGCUCGAGGACCGCUUGCCCUCGGAACUCAAGGCCGCGGUCAAGGAGUGGAGAUAUGCUGGCGCUGCUGUCUGCACUGCCUUGGUCCGUAUUGAGAAACUCGAUGACGAGAGCUUGUACCGCGGCUAUCCUGAGAAUACGCUGGCACAUCUCUCGCGUCGCCAGUCGAUCCAGUCGUCAGCAGCCGUCGGCGCUGAGACCUCACCGAUGAGCUCUCCAACGUCUCCUACGCCAAUCGCGCUGCCAGCCAGCUUGCUCCGGCUCGAGAAGCUGGAGCAGCUGCCAUUGCGCCGAGUGGUGGGUAUGGAGUCCCCGCCUUUCACCCCAGCAGACACUCCUGCUUGUCCUACACCAGAUGUGCACGCCGACCACACUCCUGCUACCAUCUCGGACGCACGCGCCAUCCCUCACAGAUUCCCCACAUAUACCGAGUCUGUUACCAGCGCCGGCGCCUCCAAUUCCGACGGCUUCAGUAGCUCCUUUGGCUCUUAUGUCUCCACCGCUCCUUCCACUCCAGGAUUGGUUUCAUUCGACGAAGCGGCUUGGGAGACUUUCCUGAAGACUUAUAGCGCCGAGCUCUACGACAUCAACACCAACUCAGGCCCACGCCUGAAGGGAGCGGGCUACACUGUCGACAGACUUCGUGUCGAGCUAGGCAUGGAGAAUGGCAACGAGGAGGUCUUGACUGAGUUCAAUGAGUGGUGGAGUGGCAUGAGAGCCAAAGUCGCGCAGUUCGAUGAGAAGAUCCGCGAGCUCGAGAUGCCAAAUCUCGAUACAGUCCGCGCCGAGAGGCUGGCUAGUGGCUUGCCAGUCUAGACCAUGCUUGCACUCCGGUCCAAGUCAAAAAACACUCGUCAAGCAGGCUUUGGAAUCAUGGUCACGGACUGGAACGACUUCACGGAUGAUGACGACCGCUGCUGUGCAUCAGGGAAUCUUCGAUGCGUUCUGAGCGUUCUGGGAAAUGGUUUAGCGAAGGUGCUUGGGCG